AUGCAUCCUGGACGAACUGGUAAAGAGCCCUCUACUGCUAUGCAAAUUCACCAGCAACCUCCAAGGAUUCUCAUUGUCCAUAUUACUCUACCAUCCUGGGCUGACAUCUGUUCCAAUCUCUGUGAGGCUCUGCAGAACUUUUUUUCUCUAGCUUGCAACUUGAUGGGCCCCAGUCGCAUGUCUCUCUUCAGCUUAUACCUUGUACAAAACCAGCAUGAAUGCAUCCUGCCCUUUGUGCAAGUGAAAGGAAACUUUGCUAGGCUUCAGGCCUGUAUCUCUGAACUUCGCAUGCUACAAAGAGAAGGUUGUUUCAGACCCCAAAGCACUUCUCUGCAGGUGGCAAUAGAGGAUGGGCUCCAGCAGUUUAAAGAGUAUAGCAGAUACGUGCCCACAGGUGCAGGUCUGAACUACACUUGCUUGGAGAUUACUGUUCUGACUUCCCAUCCCAGAAAGGAAGUUGUCAAACAAUUGGAAGAAGGUUUAAGAGAUACAGACCUACUCAGAGUCAGGAAGCUUCAGGUGGUUGAAAUCACAAAAGGAAUUCUAGAGUAUGUGGACUCGGCAUCCCCUGUUGAAGACUCCAGCAAUGAUGCAAGCUCUAUCCUGGGAACUGACAUUGACCUUCAGACAAUAGACAAUGAUAUUAUCAGUAUGGAGAUUUUCUUCAAAGACUGGCUACAUAACAAUGGAACAGAACAAGAACACAUCCACAUUCUUCUUCCCUCACCACAUUUCAGCAACAUUUCCGGAGCCAGAACUAAUCCAAUGUGCCUGAAAUGUGAUCUCCAAGAGCGACUUCUCAGCCCAUCUCUGCUCCCAGGCACAGCUGAUGGCUCCUGGAGGACAGAUGACCCCAAAGGAGACUUCUGCACACUCUACCAGACAGUUCCCCAGUCAUCGGCCGGUCCUUUCAGGCUUCACGUGAUCAAGGCUUUAAAAUCCAGUGGAUUCUGCGAGUCCUUGACAUAUGGACUCCCAUUCAUCCUAAGACCCACAAGCUUUUGGCGAUUGGACUGGGAUGAGCUAGAGACAAAUCAGCAACAUUUCCAUGCCUUGUGUCACAUCCUGUUGAAAAGAGAAUGGCUGCUGUUGGCCAAAGGGGAACUCCAGAGUCAGGGGCACGGCCUCCGAGAGUCCGCCAGCACCUUCUACGUCAUUGUGCCAUCGCACUCAGCCACUCUGCUGGUGAAGCCAGUGGCCACCCGGGAACUGAUGCUGCCCAACCCCUUCCCCCUGCUGCCUGAGGAUCCCCCUGAUGACAGCCUUAAGAUCAUGGAGAGCAUGCUGGAUGCCUUGGAACUAGAGCCCAGCUACAAUCCCUUGCAGAUUCAGAGCCACCUAUACCCACACCUGGGCAGCAACUCUGCCAAGCCUCACGGGAGGCUGCACCCAAGUUGGGAAAGCAAGACCCAGCGAAAGACUAAGCAGUUGCCAAUGAACCGAGUUCGCGCUACGGUGGCCCCCUUGCCUGUAAUUCCAGCCACUGGCAGAACCCCCAAGAAGUCAGCAGCCAGCAGAGCGUCCUCAGAAGCCUUCUCCAGACCUCUGGAAGAGGAGGAGGAGGAGGAACAAGAGGAGUAUGUGUGA